AUGAAGCCUCGGGACCCACAAAAGCCUGAAGAAGCGUGGUUGAAGUUGGCGGAUACAGCGUGGGCCUACGAAAAGGACCGUGUAGAACGAUGGCGGAAUGAAAUUAAUACAUUCCUCGUCUUUGCCGGCUUGUUCUCCGCAGUCCUCACCGCUUUCGUGGUCCAGUACUAUGCCGUUCUGCUGCCGGCACCCGACUUCAACACUGCUAUCCUCGAGCUCAUAUCCGCGCAACUCGGUAACGCGGUUACGAACGCCGUUGUCGCGGCCGCCAACGCCUCGAACCCGGCGCCGGUGCCGAUGAUCCUUACGAACACUUCAUCUACGAGCUUCAAGUUCCCCUCGCCACCCGCUGCACCCCGUUGGAUAGCUGCGCUGUGGUUCGUCGCCCUGGUCUUCAGUCUCAGCGCGGCAUCCGUUGGUUUAGCCGUGAACCAAUGGCUGAACUUCCACGCGACGGAGCAAGCCGGGCUGCAGGACGCAUCCCAGAAAGUCUGGACGUGGCAGCUCCGUAGGCAUGCACUGGACAAGUGGCAAGUGGAGUAUAUGGUCGGCAUCCUCCCG